GUGGGAUCGCAAGGUAGGUCGCCUCUCGGCCAUGUCACUCUACCAUUCUCAUCGGCCUCGGCGAUACGACGAUCCUCAUGGCCUCUCGGCUACUGCUGCUGCUCGCAGCCUCGGCCAUGGCGCUCAACAGCACCUGCCCUUUCCAGCGUCCUGACACGGCCUUUGACGGAGCCGACGUCGCAACGACCGUGCAAGCCACCGCGGCCGAAUGCUGGGCGGACUGCGUUGCCACGCCCAACUGCCGCCACUACGUCUGGCUGGGUGACGUCUGCCACCUCAAGCACACGCGUGGCAACGUGAGCCACACCGCUGGCGCCAUGGCGGGCAGCAUGUACGCACCGUUCUGCACGGUGCCAGUCGUCGACAUCGACUACGUUGGGUAUGACGUGGCCAACACGACGCGGGCGACGUCGGCAGAGUGCUGCAGCGACUGCGACGCGACUGCUGGCUGCGCGCUGUACGUGUGGCAUGCCAACACGUCGACGUGUGUCCUCAAGAGCCAACGCGGUCGGCAGGUCGUCGCUCGUGGCGCCAUCGCCUCGCGUCUUCUGGCAGAGCCGACGUCAUCCGCGUGCCCCACGAUCGUCGACGACGUCGACUAUGAUACGCUUCAGAUUGGCUUCGCACAGCCGCGACUGGCGACCGAGUGCUGUGCCGACUGCCUCGCGAUGGCCGGAUGCAGCCACUGGGUCUUUGCGAACGACACGUGCUCGUUCCGCAACGGGACAGGCGCCGAACGCGCGUCGCCAGGCUUCCUCGUCGGCUUUCUCAAUACCUCGUCCACCAUCGUGAACGAGUCGGUCAGUGACACGCCGAUCCCGACGUUCCCCACACUCCCACCCAAAACGACGACACCGAUCCCGACGUUCCCGACCUUUCCGCCCAAGACGACGACGCCGAUCCCGACCUUCCCGACCUUUCCACCAAAGACGAGCCGACCACCGACGGCUCCGACGACGACACCGGCCACCGGCGCUCCCACGUCUCAAACGCCUGCACCGACGACGGCACCAACAACAGCACCGCCGACACCGACGACAGCACCGCCGACACCGACGACAGCACCGCCGACACCGACGACAACACCGUCGCCACCAGCAACAACGUCACCAGUCCCGACAACAACGAUGACACCGCCUACAACGCCACCGACCACAACGGCACCGCUUACAACGACACCGUUGACAAUGACGCCGAUGCCGACACCCAACACAACUGCGCCGACGCCGGCGAUGUCGCCACCAUCAUGCACGUCACCGCGCGUCCGCAUCUCGUGGCAAGCCAUGUCGAACGAAGCCCGGCUCGUGUACGUCAACGCGAUCGCGGCGGCCAUGGACGCUGGGCACUACGCGUCAUUUGUCACGACCUUUGCGCGUCACCACAAGGCUGCAUUCGGGUCGUCGACGUCGUUGCUAUGGCGCCGGCACCUCUUAUUGGCUUUUGAAACCAUGCUCCGGAGUCUCAAGCCCGCUUUCGCUUGCGUGACCGUCCCGUAUUGGGAUUAUGCGACCGAAGCCAACGCGUGGGUAGCCGCGCAGUGUCGGAGCGUUGACGACUGCGCCGAGAUCACGCGGGCGCUUGGCGGUGUCCGCGACGGGGUGUUCGGUCGCAACGUCUUUGGCAUCGACCGCCCGGACCUCCGCUGCGUCGACGGCUUUCCGCUCAACCACCUCUGUGACGGUGACGCGUGCUGCGUCCCCCGGGUCGACUGGCGCACGUCCAAUUACAUUGCCGAGGUGUCGCCACCGCUACUAAAACACUUUCUCUUUCGGCGCAGCACGGAGAACAUGACGCUGGCGCUUGAGACGGCGCUCGUACCAGCCGUCCACGCAUGGCUGGGCGGGGCCAUCGCCAACCAGACGCUCACGGUGGUCGAUCCGCUCGUCUGGUCGCAUUUCGCAACGAUCGAUGCGCUAUUCACGGUCCAUUACAAGUGCGUCGUCGAGCCGCUCGAUGGCAACUCGGCGUACCUCGCCUACCUGCGCCGCGACGCCGUCGACAUUCAGCGACCGACGGACGCCAACGCUACGACGUGGUUUGGUAGCGUGCCCGCCGAGUUUGUGCAGCUCGUCGAUACGACCCGACUCGGCUAUACGUACGACCUCUCGGGCCCGCUCGGGACGCUCUACCACAAGUGCGAGAAGACCAACAUGCCGUCGAAAGCCAACCGGGAUGUUGUCGCGGCCCGGUUCGCCAACGCGACGGCCCGCAGUGACCCGAUCAUGCCGACGCUGCAAGUCGCCAAUGGUCUUGUGGCCGACUACCAAGAGCAGCUGUACGCGCUUGGGCUGCUUCAGGGACUCGCGCCAGCCGUCAUUGACGUUGAGAUUCAAAAGGUAUUUGUUGUUGCCAUGGUCCAGUGCCGAAAGGCGACGAUGCUGUCGUUCCCGCCGGCCUUUGCCACCGACUGGCAGCUGCGCGCACCUGCGUACGCCUCGACCCUCUACGAAAACGUACGCAGUGGCGUCGACCCGAUCCUGCUCCGCCACCACGACGCCAUCACCGCCCACUUCCUCUCGUGCUAGCGUGCCAGCGAAUAAUUGAUGUUGUUGUAUACUUGUA